UAGCUUCUCACAAGCUUUUUAUACACCAACUUCAGGACACUGCUGUCGGCUUGCAUUCUAUCAUAUUUUAGUGCAGCGUCGGUCGUUCUGUAGUUGUGCAUUUUUCCGAGUUCGUGAUGAAGUUGCAUCCGCUGUACGCGCUUUUACUCCUAGCGAGUACUUCUUGCCUUCUGGCUAACUCUCAAAACGUUGGGUGUGGCCAAAUAUCGCCGUCAUUCCGUAUCAUCGGCGGUUCUGCAGCCAAGAAUGGACAAUGGCCCUGGCAAAUCAGUCUCCAAACGACGGGGCUCCAUUACUGUGGGGGUAGCCUGCUAGAUGAGUACACUGUCGUGACGGCGGCGCACUGCAUUGCAGACGACAUCCUGGGGCCGUGGGUAGGGAAAUGGACUGUUGUUGCUGGGACUAAUGACCUCAGUACCAUAAAAUACGGCUCGAAGAAGAGCCACAGGAUAAGGACAGUCAAGAAACAUGAGCGAUUCGACGGCAUGACCCAUAAUGGUUUUGAUAUAGCCAUCAUCAAGCUGAAGACACCAGUAGUCUUUGAUGACGUGACUAGCCCUAUAUGUCUGCCUGAGAGCCAAGAAGAUGUCGUUCCAGUUGGAGCGGAUUGUGUAGUAUCCGGAUUUGGCCUUGUUGACGCCAAAGGAGAACAAGAUAUCGAGGUUCUCCAGUUUAUCCCCCAGCGUGUGAUAGAAAACAGCGUUUGUGAGAUCCCCUAUCGCUACCACCACAGGAAGGUUAUCCACGACGAUAAUGUGUGCGCAGGAGGUGGAGUACCACAAUCUGCCUGUCAUGGUGAUUCUGGAGGUCCCCUGAGCUGUUACCGCGGCAGACGCUGGGUGCUGGAUGGCAUUGUGUCUUGGGGUGGUGCACCUUGCGGAAAGCACCAGGAGCCAGAUGUCUACUGCAGGACGAGUCACUACGUCGAUUGGAUAGCCAAGAACCGACAGAUCUAACCAUGGGGACAAAUAUAAACGGAUACCCUCAGUAGGGUAGAGAGUUUACAUGUGAAGUUGACUAAGAAAUGAUAAAAGCUAAGAAUUUGGCAAUUCAAUAAGUCUAAUUAAUUCUCUGUAAACUCCGGACAUCACCAAAACUAACACAAUAAAUGUCUUAUUUAGCUCUAAACUCCU